GCGUGUUCGUGAAUCGUGACCCGAGUCGCGGUGCUCGACGUGACUCGGUUCGCCGGGUCGUGCGUGGAAGAAACCGAAAGCUCCACCUCGGUUUGUCUUAAAAUGGCAGCGGGAGGUUGCACUCCAUCUCCUUCCGGCAGGAGAUGCAGCGAAAGCCACGCCCACUUCCUCGUGUGACGUCAUCGGUUUCUCGCCCGACAUGGGGAAGAGAGGAGAAAAAAAAUCAAGCCGACCAGCAACUGCCAGCUUGGCCGGACCGAGCCGGCUCUCGCCUCGUGCCGGGUCGUUUUGAUUCCUGUGUAUUUUGUUGUCCAUUUUUCUUUUUUUUCUUUAACAAAAAACAAAACAAAAACCCGGUGACAAACAGAGGAGAUGAGGGGACUCCUGCCGUUUUACCGGGGCGCGUGCACCCUAAGUAACCGUCAAUCCAGACGAAAAGCUGGGAUUGUCGGUUCUCGGUGCGGGUUUUGCGGAACUCAGUCUCACGGCAAGCCGCAGCCUCGCUUCGGGCUGCUGUUCGACAUCGACGGCGUGCUGGUCCGAGGAAGGCAGCCGAUCCCCGCCGCCAAGAAGGCGUUCGAAAAGCUGGUCGACUCUCGGGGACGAUUCGUGGUGCCGGUGGUUUUCGUCACGAAUGCGGGGAACUGCCUCCGACAAACCAAAGCGGACCAGCUCGCUCACAUCCUGGGAAUACCUAUUACACAGGAUCAAGUCAUCCUGUCCCACAGCCCCCUGAGGAUGUUCAAGAAGUUUCAUGACAAGUGUGUGCUGGUGUCCGGACAGGGACCCGUCCUGGAAAUUGCAAAAAACGUGGGUUUCAAUAACGUGAUCAGCGUGGACAUGCUGAGGGAAGCGUUCCCGCUGCUGGACAUGGUGGAUCACAACCGGAGGCCCAAGCUGCCAUCCAAUCCCGUCGGCAACCUUCCUAAGGUCGAAGCCGUGGUCCUGUUCGGGGAGCCCAUUCGAUGGGAGACCCACCUGCAGCUGAUCGUUGACAUUUUGUUGACCAACGGUAACCUGAGCAGUGUUCACCAACCCCAGAAGGUGCCCCACCUCCCCCUGCUGGCCUGCAACAUGGACCUCAUGUGGAUGGCCGAGACCCACUCUCCACGGUUUGGCCACGGGACGUUUCUCGUGUGCCUGGAGAACAUCUACAAGAAGAUAACGGGUCGGAACCUGAAGUACGAGGCGCUCAUGGGGAAACCCAGUGAGCUGACCUACCACUUCGCAGAGUACCUCAUCAGAAGCCAGGCCACGCAGAGGCAGUGGAAGCUUCCCGUCACGUCCCUUUACGCUAUCGGGGAUAACCUCAUGACGGACAUCUAUGGUGCCAAUCUAUACAACCGCUACCUGGAGGAGAGAGUUGCCGUAAAGAGCGCCCAGACCGUCGCUCACAUGGGCGCCGCCGCCGCCGCGGUGGAAGCGAGCGUCAACCUGUGGGAGAGCGAGCUGGCGCUGCCCUCCGCCACGUCCUGCAAGUCCAUCCUGGUCUGCACGGGGGUCUACAACCCCAACGCGGAGGUGCCGCCCGACGCCAGCCACUGCAUCAAAGAGACGGUGUUCCACGGGCACCGGGACUUCCGGUUCGACCCGGCGCUGGUGGAGCCCGACCACGUCGUGCAGGACGUGGCGGAGGCCGUCGAGCGCAUCCUGGAGCUGGAGAAGUUGGAGCCUCGGUAGAGUCGAGUGUGAUUCUGUGUGUGUGUGUUGGGGGGGGGGGAGCAUUAGAGUGGGGGUGCCGCCCGACCCCGUGGACAUUGUUCAAUCAACGUUGACACAUUCUGGGUCAGUGUCUAACCGUUCAACAUUGGAGGGGAAGAAAGAAAGAAAACGUGUGAACUGUUACACUCAACCGCUCUUCUAUAUUGUUUUUGUGAUCGUCUUUAAGUACCUCUGUUUUCAUUAAGGAAACUUUUAAGAAACUGCCUUAUUUAGACCCGACUAAGUAUUUUUUUAGUCAUCUUAUAGAUAAUUGCAACUAUCCUGAAAUAAUUCUAUAUUUAUUUACAAGAUUUGACCAGUGUUUUUAAGAAGCGUAUUCAGAUCAUAACUGGUGCCGUUUUAUUCUCAAGGUGACUUUUUAUCAUUGUAUUUUUAGUCAUUUGUUAACGUUGUUUAUCCUGUGCAAUCUAUGCAUGACGAUGAGAGUAAUGCUGUAAAAACAGCUGUUCGGCGUGCAGUCGGCCUCUCGUCCUCUGAGUGAUGUCCGUCUGCAUUGUGUCUUCUCGUUGUGACCGCCUUGAGUAUUUGCACAUAUCAGAGACUUUGAUCUUUGUUCAAUGUUACCAUAUCUUCCUGCCAUAACUUGUUGAUUAUAAAUGUAGAAAUUCAUUUUGUAUGCCUUUUUAAAUGAUAACUCCAGUAAGACGUUUAAAAAAAUACAAGCACAAUGGCUUUUAUCGCUAUACAUAUUUCAUAAUUUGUGGUAUUUUUCUCAUUGUAAAUACAUUCUAACGUCAGAAAAAUAUAAGAAACCGGUUCCACGUGUUGCGCAAACUUAGUUCUUUUUAAAUGAGAAAUGGUGGACCGCUUAUCAGAGAUGGCCGCGGCGUUGAUCUCUAUAGAUCCAUUUGCUUUUCGGAAGCAUAAUUAUGUUAUUUUGCUGCAUUAAAGAGUCCUAAAACCUGGAAA